GGCCCUCCGGGUUGUGGAAAAACAACCAGCAUUCUUUGUUUGGCAAGGGCUCUUCUAGGCGAUGCAUACAAAGAGGCAGUUCUUGAACUGAACGCCUCUAACGAUCGUGGCAUUGAUGUUGUGCGUAAUCGUAUCAAGAUGUUUGCUCAAAAGAAGGUCACACUCCCACCUGGUCGGCAGAAGUUUGUUAUCCUUGACGAGGCUGACAGCAUGACAGAGGGCGCUCAACAAGCCCUUCGUCGAACAAUGGAGAUCUUCUCGCGAACUACUCGUUUUGCUCUUGCCUGCAAUGAUUCCUCAAAGAUAAUUGAACCCAUCCAGUCGCGUUGUGCCGUACUACGAUAUGCCAAAUUGACGCCCGUUCAACUAAUGGCUCGUCUUCUACAG